UCGGGCGCAUCGCAGCGUAGACCUUUGUGCUCGUUGGCACGAGUGACACGUUUAUAUCGCUACAGAGAUUCUCCAAGCGUCCUAAGGUUCACACGUCGAUGCUGUGGACAACGAGUUGAGCUUGAGAACUACGAAACAGCUGAGGACUUGUUGGUCCGUAUAGCACAACGUGAGGCGUUCCACGACGAGAUGCAGGCCGCAGAGAAUGGCCUGGCGCUAUACCUAGAUGGCAAUGAAGUCCUGCGAGCGUAUGGCAGGAUCGAUGCGGCGCUAUGUAUUCCAUACAGCGCCAGGAGGCCAGUGAUCCUCUCCCACUGGCAUGGUCUCACGGAGAUGAUUGUGCGCGACGCCCACGUGAGGAUGAAGCAUCAAAACGUGGAUGCUACUAUGGCGGAGAUCCGGACCAGGUUCUGGAUUACGAGACUGCGGAGAGUGCUUCGUAGUGUGAUCUCGGGAUGCAGCGAGUGUAAGCUGCACAGAGCACGGCCGAUGCCGCCGAUUAUGGGACCCCUGCCAGAUGAUCGUUUGGACGCCUAUGGCUGGCCGUUUAAGAGCACAGGCCUCGACUACUUUGGGCCGCUGCUAGUGACCGUUGCUCGGCACCAGGAGAAACGGUGGGUUGCCUUGUUUACGUGCCUGACGACCAGGGCGAUUCAUCUGGAACUGGCACAUGACCUGUCGACUGAUUCCUGCAUACUUGCAAUCAGGAAUUUCAUCUGCCGUCGAGGGCCUGUACAUAGACUGCGCAGCGACAAUGGCAGGAACUUCGUUGGAGCAGACAGAGAGGCCAAGAGAUUUGCGGAGAUCUUCGAACCCGAGAGGAUCCAGUCGGAGCUGUCAAGCAAGGGAAUUGAAUGGAUCUUCAACUGCCCAGCGAACCCAUCAGAGGGUGGAGUCUGGGAGCGAAUGGUGCAGUGCGUGAAGAGGGUGCUACGCCACACAGUGAAGGAAGUGGCGCCGAAGGAGCACGUCCUGGAGAGUUUCCUAAUAGAGGCGGAGAACGUCGUUAAUUCUCGUCCGCUCACCCAUUUGCCAGUGAGUGCGGACCAGGAAGCCCCUCUCACGCCCAACGAUCUCCUCAAGGGAGCAGCUUGCCCACCGGAUACCCCCGGCCUGGAUGGAGGCCUCGUCAAGGAAGAAGCUACGCGGAAGCAGUGGCGCGUGGCAAGGAUGUUGAGGGACCGAUUCUGGAGGAGGUGGGUCUUGGAGUACCUACCCACGCUGACACGGAGAGAGAAGUGGUGCCGCAGAGAGAAGCCGAUUCAACGAGGAGACAUCGUCUUCGUUUGCGAUCCAGCUAUUCCGCGUCGAGACUGGCGGAAAGGCGUCGUGGAGGAGACCUUUACUGGAACGGAUGGUGAGGUCAGACGAGCCCGCGUUAGGAUCAUGGAUGGAGAUCGGACCCGCUGGAUAAUGCGCCCCGCUUCAAAGUUGGCGGCUUUGGAUUUAAGUGAAGAAGUUCUUCACGGAGGUGGGGAUGUCGCGGAUCGAUUAUCGAUAGUUAGUAUUUAAGUAGAAUUUUGUUAUCGUGCACUCGUGAAGAGAUUGGGCACACUAGAAUAGGAAUAUUGGCGCGUGUGGUGAAUUUGUCGUUGUUGUGAUAGAGUGUGGGAGGUUAAACUGCGAAUAAAACAUAAGUUGUACGCACACAUUGGCUUGUGUUUUUGGAAGCGGGUUGCCCCAUCGCCGCCGUACAUUUGUUUAAGGCAUCUCCCACACGAGAGACGACACUCUGUAUUCGCAACUAUCUUUAUUUUGGAUCAGGUGAUCUUUUAUAAGAUCAGAUAAUUACAUAAGUUGUGGUUUAACUGUGGUUAGCUGGUAAGGUCAAUGUUAAAGAACGUACGUGCUAUGUACUAGUUCUGAGUCUGUCGACUCAUAUACCAUGGUAUUGGGUUUCUUCUGAGCUUGCUGUCAGUCAGUCGGCUCUUCUUACCGCUUAUAUUGCUGAUUUCGGUUUCUGCCCCGAUUCCGGUGAUAUCCUGGCGCCGUUUAUUAGAGGUUUGUUAUUGUUAUUAGGUCUUGGCACUAGGUGCGAACAACAGCCUCUAAAUGCAUUAGUAGAGGCUCCAUCAGUUAAAGAGACUUUGGAGCGGCGAAGCUGAAUAGCAACUACUUUGCUGGGGCCCGGACAGGUGAAGUUUGGGAAUUCAUAGCAUCAGGAAACCUUCGGCCAGAAGAUGUCGACCAUUUCACAUUGAGCAACGGGGUGAGCUGAGCAUUAUCGUUCGAAAUAGCCAUUGAUCCGGCGCAAAAAAGAGAGUCAGCCGUCGCACUUCUACGUAAUAUUUCUCAAUUGACAAGAGAAUAAACCUUAGACAAGCAUGGAGGCGUGCGCCCCAUAGCGCAUAAGGCGCGUAUUAAGAAGCAUGCACUGUGGUCGAUUGUUAUAUUAUCUUUAUAGAUGGGGCGAUAUAGCUGGUGGAUGCGCAGCCAAAACAAAGUCUAUGCUUUUGAGGAAGACUAUCCUCCUUACUACCAACGAAAGAAUCGUCCCAUUUGGCCUUUGAUGGUUGAUCCAUUUAUCUCAACAGUUAUUCCGGAACUCAUUAGGGCCCGCAAAUGACAAAGAAUUCCCGAAAACUAUUGUCGGGACCUGGCUCAUUGAUGUGAGCAUUGUGAACGUUGAUUGCCCGACAUCUGGCCAGUCUCGGUCUCUAAGACCGGAGUGAAUUUUUGUAUUCUUAGUAAGUAUAGAAAAUUGUAUUGGAAUCAUUACUUUUUUCGAGUUAUUAUUUGACAGAAAUUUUUAAAUAAACUUUAAUGUAUAUAGAUAAUAUGAUAUAUAUUUAAUUUUGUAAGAAAUCUUUGUUCUAUUUAUAUGUCCUAAAGCUAAACUAAUUUAAUAAGCCGAUAAAAUAAAAUUUUAUAAGAAUCGGCUGAUUAUACCCUAUAAAAUUCUAUAAUAUAGGAUACAAUAGGAUUCUAUCCUUAUUUGUUCGCCUUCUUUGGGGAAUGGGAAUAAAUAUUAUAUAAGUUGAGAUUUUUGAGCGACGAGUAACUGAGUGUUACUGUUGAGAGGCAGAACUUGAAGCGACAAAAUCAGAACACCGUGUGUAUGCUUCGAAACUUUAUUUGUGACUAAAGACAAAUUGAUAUACAUAUUUUCUUAUUCUUUAUUUCUUAGAGCGAGACAAUUAUAACUCACCAAGAUCUCUUUCUCCUUCCUAUAACUAUAAAAGCGUGCAUUGUAACAUACUAAAAUAUACGGGGUACCUUAUUUUCUUCACCCUUCCUCUUAAUGCAAGCUUGUUUAAAAAAAAUAAAUAUUAAAACAAAUUAAACAUUUUUGUAAGCUCUUCGUGUUUCGUUUUAGGAAGAUUUUUUGUCAAAAUAUCUGCUAUCAUUUCAGUUGUACAUUUGUAUUUCAACGAAACUUGCCCUUCCUUAAC